CCCCGCCACCUCCCCCUUGGCCUCCGCUCCUCGCCGCUCGCCUCCCUGCAUCCCCCAGGGCCUCCUCGGUCCACGCCGCCGGCGGCCCCCCGGGAUCAUGUCUCACCGGGAGAAGCCAUCACCGGCAGCGGAAAGGGCGGAUCAUCAAGCCCUAGCACCGCCGCCUCCUCCGCGUCGCGUGCCGAUGCUACCGAGCUACUGGGUUAACCUUACCUCCGGCGGCAGCUCUGCGCAGAAUCCGCGGUGAGGAUUCGAGCAAAUCCUCCAUGGCUGUUUAUGGAUCAUGCGACACUGCCGAUCAUGUCUAGUGUGACCGUAGAUGUAGUUACUGAUCCACUGUAUAUAGAUUUGAUGCCACUGAUCACAUUCUGCUAGUGAGAAGAGAAAUUAGGAGUACAUCAGAACGUAACCGCUGGUUGUGUUGCAUUCAUUUGGCUUGUGCCUGCCUAACCAAUAUCAUCUCAUCUGUAUUCUGUACAUCUAGAUGCCACUAUCGAUCCGUGCUGACUGAAUAUGUUCUUCCCAUCCACCAUCAGUUGACUUUCAUCGUGUUGUGCUUGCAACACCAAGUAGUAGUGGCUAAAUUACCAGAUGAUACACUACACUAGGCCGAUCUGUGUCAGUUUAUUACUCGUACCAAAUGAUACACCAUGCAGAUGCAUCUGGUUUUGAUCUAGGAAACUGCCCGUACCAUGUUUUCCUGCCAUCUUGCUCACAAAAAUCUUUACAUAUGAGCAUAUGUAUCCAAUGAAGCUGACCACCUGUACGGCUGUACCUAUCUUCUUGCCAAGCCCUGGAGUGCACCAUGUUGGUAACUCCACGUCAGGCAAAUGGAGUCAACCAAUGAGUCGUCUUGCUCUCUCACUGCUGUUGGUGGCCGGAGCAAAGCAGCAACCGAAUAUCGGGUUGAGAACCGCCGUGGUGCCCGCAACCAGUUUGAUGGAAUGCGGAAGAAGGCUGCGGUGACCCGUGAGGACCACAUCAGUGAACUCCCAGACGUGCUCCUCCACCAUGUGCUCUCCUUUUUGCCGGUGGAUGAGGCCGUGAAGACAUCUGUGCUGGCCCGCCGGUGGCGAUACCUCUGGAAGCACGUGCCCGUCCUGCGCCUCCUAGGUCCCAACAAGAAGAGAUUCACCAGCGCUGAGGAUUUCGAUAAAUUCGUGAAUCAUCUCAUCUCCCUCCGUGGCCAUUUGCCUCUUGUCAGCUGUGAGAUCCAAGCCUAUCCAACCAGUGAUGAUUAUGCUGGUGAACCUGAUGAACCUUUGCCAAACAUAUACUUUGAUUCGUGGAUCCAGUAUGCUCUAUUGUGCAAGGUUCAGGUGCUCAAAAUCGUCGGUGAUGAUGUGGGAGCGGAAACAGAGCUCAUCGUGCCUCUCAUCUCCCAGCACCUGAUGAGCCUGGAAGUUCACCAUGUUCUGGUGGAAAAGGAUUUUGUGGAUUUCUCAAGCUGUCCGAUGUUAGAAGAACUGAAGAUGCAGGAAUGUGGCCUUUGGGUGCGCAAGAUGUCAUUUCCAUCGCUAAAGCGUUUGUGGCUUACCGAAUGCAACUUCCCUGAGGCGUAUCGUGUUUCUAUUUCUGCACCCAGUCUUGUUUCACUGCGUCUGCAUGACAGUGGAGGCAAGACUCCUUUGCUUGAAAGCAUGCCAUUUCUUGAUACAGCAUCCCUUGACCUUACUGGUCGAUGCAAGGAUAAGUGUCGGGGUUGUGGUGGUGAUCAAAGCUGUGAAGGUUGUCAUGGUUAUCCUGCUGGGAGUUAUCAUAGUGUACUUUUGAAUACUUUGUCCAAUGUUGUCAAUUUGGAGUUGAAAGAUCAAACCUGAAGUGUUUAUCUACAAAAGGGAUUUGGAAUGUUGCCCCAUAUUUGGCAGAUUGAAGACUCUUUUACUCGACAUGUGGUGCAGGGCUACUGACCUG